AUGGAGAUGCACCCUCCAACCAUUUACCUCUCUCCUGAGAAAAAACGGAAUCCAAUCCAUGUCCCACACACUCCAAGUACUCCAAGACGACAACAAGCACACAGACGGGCAUCUAAAAGAAGCAGCAGUGCUACUACCAACUUUGGGACUCUAUGCCAUGACCUGGGCCACAAGCCUCAGAGACAACAACGCAGAGAUGGAACUCGGAGACGGCGACCAACUUUGUCCGGCGCCAACCAUCCAAGGCCGCGUAUGCAGAGAGCACAACCUGAACCCAUAUGUGUAUAA